AAAAAAAUCCUAAAAGACAAACCAAACAACCUUUAGAAAUCAACUUAAGUGCAAAGGCUUUCCCACAUAAGUCUGAAUAUAAACCAUCUGAGGAUAGAAUUCCUGGAAUUCUCCCAAGAUGGGGUUAAGGAGCUACCAUGUAGAAGACAACAAUUUAUGCUUUCAAUCGCCUACUUUCAUUGAAUGGCUCAAGCCGUCUUCUAAUUCUCCUCCUUCCUCACUGUCAUCCUCUUCUUCUUCUGUCACCACACAACAAUAUUUGCAGUACCAGUUCACGGAUCCCAUGAGCGGGGGAAGUAUUCAAUGCCUGCCUCUUCUAAGUGGUUUUACGGAGAAAAAACCAUUGAAAGAGGAGGAAGAUUCAACAAGAGUGCAGGAGAUUAGUCUCGGUGUUAAAGAAGAGAAGAUAGAGAAAGUUACAGUGGCCUUACACAUUGGAUUACCGAACGCCGGAGAUAUUUCUGAUGUUGAAAACAAGUGUUUAGACAUUAAGGAAGAAGUAGUAGGCAACAAGAAAAGCGCCUUUAAUGGAUGUUCUAUCAACAAAGAUAAUAGGUUUUGGAUCCCAACUCCUGCACAAAUCCUUGUUGGGCCGAUGCAAUUUUCUUGCUCCAUAUGCAGUAAAACCUUUAAUAGGUACAAUAACAUGCAGAUGCAUAUGUGGGGGCACGGAUCUGAAUACAGAAAAGGUCCAGAUUCGCUUAAAGGAACACAACCAGCGGCAAUGCUAAGGUUACCAUGUUAUUGUUGUGCUCAAGGUUGCAAGAACAACAUCAACCAUCCUCGUGCCAAGCCAUUGAAAGAUUUCAGGACACUUCAAACACACUUCAAACGAAAGCAUGGUGCAAAGCCGUUUAUCUGCAGAAAAUGUGGGAAGACAUUUGCAGUUAAAGGAGACUGGAGAACACAUGAAAAAAAUUGUGGAAAGUUAUGGUAUUGCACUUGUGGUUCGGAUUUCAAGCAUAAAAGAUCUCUAAAGGAUCACAUUAGGUCAUUUGGGAAAGGCCAUUCUCCACACCCGUCUCUCGAUGGCUUUGAUCAAGAUGAGAAGGAAUGCAUCACCGGCUCUGAAGAUGAAAUCGCUCGCUAGUUUUUGAGGGUUUCAAAAGGUUUAAUUUUCUUGUCUAGCACUACUAGAAAAACAGCCUUCUUUGACAGACAAAAACCAUCAAACACCCUUGUUAAGAGGUGACUGUCAAAGAAAGCUAUUUUUCUACUAGUGUCUUCAGUUCAUGUCUGUUUUGUUUUGGAAGUUAAGAAUAGAUGCUACAAGUUUUUAGCUAGGCUCAUGCAUGGAGGCUUGUGCUCAGUAACAAAACAUUCUCAACAAGAACGUUGGGAGCGAUUUGCUACGGAGCACUUGCCGGGCAUUGAGCUAUAAUAUCUUAAGUCUUUUAUGCAUAGUAUUUACGUAGAAAAAUAAGGAGACUGCCUCAAGUAGUCGUGAAGCUGAUGAAUUUUCUUCUUCUAGUAGCAUGCACAAUUGCAUUGUUUAAGUCUAUGUACCUCUCCAAGAGGGAAAAUUCGUCCGCUUCAUUGCUAAUUGGUAAUCUUUAUGUAAGGAUUGUGUGGUUUAAUCUCUUUCUUGCUCUCAUAUAUGUGAACAUUAAUGUUAUGUUA